UGGGUAUCGAGGUUUGGGACCCCUCUCUCGUGUGGCCGGAUGGGCGAAUCACCAGACUGUGACCAGGGACACGGCGCUAAAGCUUAAGGAAAGCUUGGCCUGGAUCGGUCGGCAACCGGUGGGAAUUGUCUCAGCCACGAUGGGAAUGGAGUCAAGAUGGAGACUGAUUCACCCAAAAGUCCGAAAGAGGGGAAACCGAGGACGAAAGGGAGGCGCGAAUUUCCUCAUCGUGGGGCGGCAAGUGGAGGGGCUGACGGAGGGAUCGGCCAGGCAAGUGAUAUCAUGGCUGACUAGCCGAUCGAGAGGAUUCCCUUUCUUGGAAGGCCUUGGAAGGAUCACCAGAAAAAAAGAAGGAGAAGAGAAGGCAAUAGUACUCAAUAGUGACCAGAUAGACAGGAAACGUGUGUGGGGGAAGACGAGAGUCUCCCAGCAGAGGAAUAGUUGCGAGUUUGAAAAGAAGCUAUUGAUGGAGCAGUUGAGAAAGAAGCGGCAGUCGUCACGGGGAAUUCUUUUCCUGUGGUUCCAACUAAACCCAAACUGACCCUGGCCUAUGCCUCGUAAUAAUUAAUUAA